AUGGACCAGCGUGCGUCGACCUACGUGGCCAUGCGUGUGUUCACCGAAGCUUUCACCAAACCCGAAAAUGCCCGACGCGGUCUCGAAGCAGCCGCCAGACGAGGGGGCCUUCUGCGCAGUCCGUGCGUAGGUGUCGGCGGUCUCGCCGGCCCCUUUGCACCCAAGGUCGCAAAGAAACUCCAAGUCGUCAGCAUAAGACAUCUUGAGACUGACGAACUCUCACAACUCUAUCCUACAUUACCUCCCACAUGGAGACCCUUCUUCCAACACUUCAGCGGCUGGAGGAGGUCCGCUAGAUACGUCGAAGAAGAACAACCCAGAGUUAGGGAACUAACUACCGAAGAAUGGUGGAUCGACGGAAUCACUCGUGCUUGCGGCUUCAUAAGCCUCCGCCUGGCCUGGUGGUUCCCGGGAGGCCUGCUCAAAUACUUCCCCGCAGGGGUCCCCCACCCGGGUCCCAUGAAUGCCUUCGGUUACGAUGAUGCUUACUAUUAA